UAUACAAAUUGGAAAUUUGUAUCUUUUGCUGGAUAUUGGAGAUUGAAUGUAAUGGCAACAGAAUUUAUAAAGAGUUGCUGUAGAGGAUGUUUCUAUGGUGGAACAGAAAAGCACAACUUGUCUGUGGAAAGAGACUUUAAAGCAGCAGUAUCAAAUAGUCAAAAUACUGCUAUCUGUGUACCUCCAUUGACCUCCGUUUCUGUAAAGCCUCAGGUUGGCUGUACUGAGGAUUAUUUACUUUCCAAAUUACCAUCUGAUGGCAAAGAAGUACCAUUUGUGGUGCCCAGGUUUAAGUUAUCUUAUAUUCAGCCCAGGAUGCAAGGAACGCCUUCACAUUUGGAAGAACUUGAAGGAUCUGCCAGAGCAUCUUUUGGAGCUAGAAAGGUAGAACUUUCCAGUUCAUCUCAGCAUGGACCCAGCUAUGAUGUAUAUAACCCAUUCUAUAUGUAUCAGCAUGUGUCACCUGAUUUGAGUCGGCGCUUUCUUCCUCGUUCAGAAACAACGAAACGAUACGGAUCAGUUUGUGACUUAAGGACCAAUAGACUUCCCAAUUCCCCUGGACUAAGCAAGUCUAUGUUUGAUCUUACAAGUUCAUCUCAGCAGUUCAUUCAGAGACAUGAUUCAUUGUCCAGUAUGCCCAGUAGUUCUUCUUCAAGGAAAAAUUCUCAGGGGAGUAACAGAAGCCUGGAUACAAUUACUCUGUCAGGAGAUGAAAGAGAUUUGGGGAGAUUAAAUGUGAAAAUGUUUUAUAAUUCUUCAGUAGAGCAGAUCUGGAUCACAGUUUUACAGUGUAGAGAUUUAAGUUGGCCCUCUAGUUAUGGAGAUAAUCCUACUAUUUCUAUAAAAGGAAUACUAACAUUGCCCAAACCAGUACAUUUCAAAUCUUCAGUCAAGGAAGGCUCUAAUACUAUUGAAUUUAUGGAAACGUUUGUAUUUGCUAUUAAACUCCACAGUCUACAAACUGUAAGACUUGUAUUUAAGAUUCAAACCCAAACUCCUAGGAAGAAAACUAUUGGAGAAUGCUCACUAUCACUCAGAACUCUUAGCACACAGGAAAUGGAUUACUCUUUGGAUAUAUCACCACCUUCAAAAAUUUCUGUUUGCCAUGCAGAACUUGAACUGGGGACUUGUUUUCAAGCGGUAAAUAGCAGAAUUCAGUUACAAAUUCUUGAGGCUCAAUACCUUCCAAGCUCAUCAACACCCCUGACUUUGAGUUUUUUUGUGAAGGUGGCAAUGUUUAGCUCGGGAGAGUUGAUUUAUAAGAAGAAGACACGCUUACUGAAGGCCUCCAAUGGAAGAGUAAAGUGGGGAGAGACUAUGAUUUUUCCACUUAUACAAAAUGAAAAAGAAAUUAUUUUUCUCAUUAAGCUUUACAGUCGAAGCUCUGUAGGAAGAAGACACUUUGUGGGGCAGAUUUGGAUAAGUGAAGACAGUAAUAACACUGAAGCAGCGAACCAGUGGAAAGAGACAGUUAAAAAUCCAGAAAAGGUUGUUAUCAAGUGGCACAAAUUAAAUCCAUCUUGAAGACCCUGCACAUUAAUUUGGUGACAAACUUGACAUUCUUUUAGAAGACUUGCGAUUUCAAUUUGCUGCCAAUUUGAAGAGACAGAUCAGUACAUUUAUCAAUUUAUUUAUGGAGGCCAUAAUUAUAGUAUAUAAUGGAUCAAGUAGAAAAUCAAACUUGGUAAAAAAUGGGAUGAAUUUUACCAGAUAUCCAAAGUAAAGGAAAUGCUUUAAAACUGGCCGAAAUAGACAAUAAAAUAAAUGGGUAGUAUUACUAGGGCAACUAAAUAAAUUAUAAAGUCAAUGGGAAUAUCAGUCAUAGAUAGUUGCUGCUAUAUUAUGUUUAUAGGCUUUUUAAAGCGUUACAUAGAUAUUCAAAAUCCACUAUAUCAAGUCUCUGUUAGUACUAGACUUUACCACUAUUUCAGUGCUCGUCAAGAGUGAUUAGAUCUUAACUCCACUGUUUAACCCCUCACUACAUAUUUUCCCUCAGAAGGCAAAAGUGGAUUGAACCACUUCAACU